GUUUACCCAACCUACUGUUCUCUAGACAGUUUUCCCAUUGCCUCAGUUAAGGAUUUCCACUCCAGAAUCUGCAGCUAAAUGAGAUCAUGAUUUUGGAAGGAGCUGGCAGAAUGAGUAUCAAUUCCAGCAGCAAUCUACUCCACCAGCAGCCUUCCUGGACAGAUGGAUAUUCCACAUGCAAUGUGUCCAGCAGCUUCUAUGGAACCCAGUGGCACGAAAUACACCCGCAGUACUGGACUAAGUUUCAGGUCUGGGAGUGGCUGCAGCAUCUCCUUGAUACCAACCAACUGGAUGCCAACUGCAUACCCUUCCAGGAGUUUGAUAUCAACGGGGAACAUCUGUGCAGUAUGAGCCUGCAGGAAUUCACUCAGGCAGCUGGGACAGCAGGGCAACUGCUUUACAGCAAUCUUCAGCACCUAAAGUGGAAUGGCCAGUGUGGAAGUGACAUGUAUCAACCUCAUAAUGUCAUUGUGAAGACAGAACAAACAGAUCCAUCGUUAAUGGUGUCCUGGAAAGAAGAGAAUUACCUGUAUGACAGUGGCUAUGGUAGCACAGUAGAGCUAUUGGACAGUAAAACAUUCUGUCGUGCUCAGAUUUCCAUGACGACACCUAGUCACCAGCCUCCUGAUUCUUCAGAUGUGAAAAAAUCGCAAGAUCAUACCCCAAAGUCCCACACCAAGAAGCACAACCCUCGAGGAACUCAUCUUUGGGAAUUUAUUCGAGAUAUUCUUCUCAAUCCCGAGAAAAACCCAGGAUUAAUCAAGUGGGAAGACCGGUCAGAAGGUGUCUUCAGAUUUUUAAAAUCUGAAGCUGUGGCUCAGCUCUGGGGAAAGAAGAAAAACAACAGCAGCAUGACUUAUGAGAAACUCAGCCGGGCUAUGAGAUACUAUUAUAAAAGAGAAAUCCUGGAGCGUGUGGAUGGUCGGAGAUUAGUAUAUAAAUUUGGAAAGAAUGCCCGUGGCUGGAGAGAAAAUGAGAAUUAAAUAUGGCAAGAAAUAACAUUUAAAACACCUGGAUGUAAAUAUUCAAAGACUAUUUUCUUAUAUUUAUGUACCAAACUGGGGUGAAAAACCAAUUCUACUUCUGUCGGGAAGAAGGAACAUUGUCAUUAUUGGUGUUAAAAUUAUUUUAUUUGAAGUAUGUCCUGUAUGGGGAAAAAAUGUACACAGUUUUCUGUGAUAUAAGAUAACAUUAUAGAAUUAUGAUUAUUUUUC